UUGUGACGGAUUGAAUCAUAUCAAGAGUGAAAUGUCAACUGUGGAAAGUUAGUUUAGUAAACUGUGAUAAUAUUUUGGAUUUCUUUUAAGUUAAAUCUAUUUUCAUAAAUCGGUUUGUUACAAAUGGCUUCAGAUAGAAUUUAUGGAUAUUGUCCUCAAGUAGGAGUAGAUGGAUAUACUGAGGAACCAACAAGUAAAGUAAGACUAAGAAUAAUAAGAGGAAAAGGAUUGAUGAAAAAAGAUAUAUUUGGAGCAAGCGAUCCUUAUGUCAGAAUAGAUCUGAAUACAAUAAGUGGAGAUGAAACGAUUGAUGCAGUUCUCACUAAAACCAAAAAGAAGACCCUCAAUCCAGAAUGGAACGAGGAAUUUGUAUUUAGUGUUAAACCAACAGAGCAUAAAUUAAUACUUCAAGUAUUUGAUGAAAAUAGAUUAACCAGGGAUGAUUUCCUUGGAAUGGUGGAAAUAAGCCUUAUGUCCCUACCUAAAGAACAUGAAAACCGAAUAAUUCCACCUAUCAAAUAUUUACUAAAGCCUAGAAGUGCCAGAUCAAGAGUCAAAGGGUAUCUGGAAAUUUAUCAUGCAUUCUUUCCUGAUAGUCCAGAAGUUGCUCCACCAUCUGGAGAAAGUUCGAUGGAUUCAACAGAGAGGGAAUGGGAGAUCAUACAUGAUGGAAGGGAAGAAAGUGCAGCUCCAAUAUUUACAAAUUCGUCAACUGAAUCUCAAUCGGUGUUACCUCCUGGUUGGGAAGAGAGACAAGAUGCCAAUGGAAGGACGUACUAUGUGAAUCAUUUGGCCAGAACUACCCAAUGGGAGAGACCUUCUGUCAGCAUGAGCGUAGAUACCCGACAAGAGGAACAAGAGGAGAGAGAAAAUAGCGAAGCUCGUACGUUCCAGAGAAGGUAUCAUAUAAGCGAUGAACAGAAUCGGGAUCGUGGGGACACUACCAGCAUUGCGAGCCAGGUCGAUAAUCUGACCGAUGGAGAGACUGACCCCAACUUAAACGCGAUGGAAAAUCGCGAUAACGCAGAAGAUGAAAAUCCCGUUACUAGCGAACAACACACCGACUCGGAAUACAAUGCAUCGGCCGAGAGCAACGCUAGUAGCAGAAGGGGUUCGGUAGAGUACCCCGAGUUUAGGAUACAGUUGAAUACGGACGAUGGUGGGGAGAUGGCAAGCAACACAGAGAGCGACGACUUGACAGAUAGUGGCUCGACGAAUUCCUCCCGCAGAGAGUCAACAGAUUCACAGACCAGCAGUGCUCGAAGAGCAACAUUGGACGCCUUAGGGCAAGGACUUCCCCCUGGAUGGUCCGUACAGGUAGCUCCGAAUGGGAGGUUGUUCUUUAUUGAUCACAAUACCAGAACCACUUCAUGGGUUGAUCCGAGGACGGGAAGGGCCAGUCCCAUGCCAAAUCAGCCUCAGGUGCCGGUUUAUAAUAAGAAACCAGACGAUGACCUUGGUCCGCUUCCGGAGGGUUGGGAGGAGAGAAUUCACAGUGAUGGAAGGAUCUUCUUCAUCGACCACAACACUCGUACAACUCAAUGGGAAGACCCACGCCUGUCCAAUCCAGAAAUUGCAGGACCUGCUAUACCUUACUCGAGGGAUUACAAACGGAAAUAUGAGUAUAUGAAAAAUCAGUUGAAAAGACCGACAAAUGUGCCCAACAAGUAUGAGAUUAAGGUGAGGCGCAGGUGCAUUUUGGAAGACUCCUAUAGGGCAAUCAUGACCAGUCUGCCAAAAGUAGAUUUACUGAAAACAAAGUUAUGGAUUGAAUUUGAAGGAGAGGUUGGCCUCGAUUAUGGUGGUCUAGCUAGAGAAUGGUUUUACUUGAUAUCAAAGGAAAUGUUCAAUCCCUAUUAUGGUCUUUUCGAAUAUUCUGCGAUGGAUAAUUACACUCUUCAAAUCAAUCCGUUUUCUGGGCUGUGCAAUGAAGAACAUCUAAGCUAUUUCAAAUUUAUUGGUAGAGUUGCUGGUAUGGCUGUAUACCAUGGAAAGUUACUUGAUGCUUUUUUCAUCCGACCGUUUUAUAAAAUGAUGUUGGCAAAGGCCAUCGAUUUGAAGGAUAUGGAAUCAGUAGAUUCCGAGUACUACAAAUCGCUACUGUGGAUAAAAGAAAAUGAUCCGUCCGAUUUAGAUUUGACAUUUUCAGUAGACGAGGAAUCUUUUGGGCAGACUUCUGUUCAUGAACUCAUUCCAGGUGGUGCUAAUGUUCCUCUAGAUAAUUCAAAUAAAGAUGAAUACAUCAAAUGUAUCAUACAAUGGCGAUUUGUGGGGAGAGUUCAAGAACAGAUGAACUCAUUUCUGGAAGGCUUCAGCGAAUUGGUUCCUUUGAAUAUCAUAAAAAUAUUCGAUGAAAACGAGCUAGAAUUAUUGAUGUGCGGUAUUCAGCAUAUUGAUGUAAAAGACUGGAAAUAUAAUACAGUAUAUAAAGGAGAUUACCAUGCCCACCAUGUUGUGAUAUUAUGGUUUUGGAGGGCUGUGUUAUCCUUCAGCAACGAAAUGAGAUCCAGGUUAUUACAAUUUGUGACAGGCACUUCAAGAGUGCCAAUGAACGGAUUUAAAGAGCUUUACGGUAGUAAUGGACCUCAAUUGUUCACUAUAGAAAGGUGGGGAACUACAGAUAAUUUUCCGAGAGCACACACAUGUUUCAAUCGUUUGGACUUGCCUCCAUAUGAAAGUUAUGCAACAUUGAAAGACAAAUUAGUGAAAGCAAUAGAGGGAUCUCAAGGAUUCGCAGGGGUCGAUUGAAGUGUUGAACUUGAAGUUUUUUAAAGAACAUGUUAUUCUGUCCAUUCUAUUAUGAAAUUAUACCUUAAGAAAAUUUUACAUCUCAUAUAAUAUUACUCAAUUGAAGAUAUGGCGUUUAUGUGAAAUAUCUUCAGGAUCUUAUCUAUACACUUGUAUUAUGUGAAUGCUUUUGUAAAUAUAUGUUUUCAUUAUAAUUAUACUUUUUGUAGGUUUUUUAGGUUAACAGGCUGUUGAAUGUUAAAUAUUUAUAAAAUAGAGGGGACUUCAAUAUAUUGAAGACCCCUUUACAAUGACCCAAUUGACAAAGUCAUGAAAUUUUAAACAUAACUUUGAAAUAUCACACUUUUGAAACUGAUUAUCUCAUUUUGCUCAGAGAAAAACGACAAAGUGAGUUAUUUGAAAAUAGAAUACCUUUACUACAUUUUAACUAUGGUUAUUAUUCAUUUGAGUCCCUUCUGAAAUUCAAAAUAUAUUCAUAAUUUUUGAUGAACAUCUGAGAUGUAUAUAUUUCACAUAUUAUGUGAUUAAUUGAGAUAGAGCGAUUGUAAAUUCAUGAGAUUUUUUUAAGAAUUCGGGAUGUAAAUAUAGAAAUGAAACUCUUAAACACUUGAAUGACUGCUAAGAUAACAUACAAAAUUCAGAUUCUAAUAUUUUCAUAGUACAAAUAAACAUAAAUCUCUCAUUGUUUCACAAGUAAAUAGUUAUGUAUCAUUUUUUACUAACAUUUUUGAGGAAUUCUUUCAAACAAAGUAAGGACUGUAAUUUUUUUAUUACCUACACGUUGCUCAAUAGUUUCGUAUCCGAUAUUUUGAAUGAUCCACAAAUUACCUUAAGUCUGAGAUUUUUGAGAUUGUUACUUAAAUCUUUGCAUUUAUAUUUUGAAUUACUAUUUCUUACAUUUUUAAAUAUAAUAUUAUUUUAGUAGUCUACAUAUAUUUGAGGUACUCUUAGUGCAAUAUUUAUUCCAAAGUACUUCAAAUUAUAUGAGUUUUAAUUUAGUGAUAUUUCAAUUAUUUCCAUUUGUAUUAUAAUGUUGAUAUAUAUUUUAGUUUUAUCUGUACUCCAGGUUAUAUUAUGGGUACAUUGGAUAUGUUUGUUAUUAUAAUUUAUUUUAAAUGAGAUUCAGUCUGUUUGAAUGGAAAGAGAAUAUAUUAAAAUUUUUAAAAUCUUUGGAAAGUAUGUAUAAUUUGUACAGCUUAUAACAGAUUCCAAAAUAUAUACAUUUAAAUUAUUAAA